AUGAACUAUGGUAAGCACUUAACAGUACAUAAAAAUAGAGAUUAUAUUAAAGAAAAUCAAGAUUAUAUGGAGAUUGAUUUUAGUAGUGAAAAAAGUGAUAUGAGUCAAGAUGGUGAUCUAAAUAAAGAUGAGUUUAGCAAAGAAAAUGAAUUGAAUGAAGAAUAUGAUGAGCUGAGUGAAGAAGAUAUGAAUGAUAUAAAUAAUAUAAGUGAAGAAGGCAUGAUUUAUAAAUCAACAAAUCCUAUUUUGGUGCAAAAAUAUGGCCCAGAACAUGAGAAAUAUCAUCAAAUCCCAUAUAAUUUAAUAUCUGAAGAAUGUUAUGAUUUUGUUCAAUUAAUCUCUAAGAAUAAUAUUUCUCAAAAAAGUGGAGAUGCUAUUUUAAAAUAUAUUAAAAAAUAUGCUCCACAUCUAAAUUUACCUUCUUCAACUUCUGCUGCCAUUAAACAAUUUGACAAGAGUGAGAAAAAUGAAUCAAAAUUUAAAAAAGAAAAAAUAACAAUUAAAGGUAAAUCAUAUGAUUUUUAUUAUCAAGAUAUUUUUUCUGCAGUUGAAGGAAUAUUAGAGAGACAAGAAAUUCUUGAAGAAUGUCACUGGGAUUAUGAAAAUAAUUAUGUUGAUAAUGAGAAAAUUUAUGGGGAGCAGUAUGAAUGCAAUUGGUGGAAAGAUGCCACAAUGCAAUUGCCAAAAAAUACUUCUUUGCUAUCAAUUAUUAUCUAUUCUGAUGCAACAACAUGUGACAAACUUGGGAAAAAAAACUUACAUCCAAUAUAUAUAACAUUAGGAAAUUUACCUUAUAGAAUAAGAAAUUCAUUGAAUGCAAAAUCUUUGUUAGGGUAUUUACCAAUAGUAGAAAAUAUCCCAGAUGAAUCAGGUUUAGAAUUUUCAACAAAUCAAUUAAAAGAAUUGUAUUCAGAAAUUAAACGGUCAUGUUUUCAGCAUUGCAUGAACAUAUUAUUUGAACCUUUGUUAGAUCAAUAUAAGACUGGAAUUUCAGUUAAAUUAGGAAAUGGCAAUAAUAAAAAAGUCACCAUCAAAUUAUCUUGUAUAAUUUCAGAUUUACCUGAGGCCAGCUCAUAUUGCUCAACUUUUAAAUCAUACAAUUGUAAUAAACCAUGUUAUAAUUGCCUGGUACCACAAGAUCAAUUGAAUAACAUCGAAGAUGAAUAUUUAAUUAGAACUAAUGAAAAUAUGGAACAAGCAAUAUCAGAAAAAAGAGAAAAAUUCUAUUCAGUUCAUUCAAUGAGAAACAUCUUUUGGGAUCAUUGGUAUUCUUGCAUUGUGGACAGGAUGCACCAGCUGGAUUUAGGAUUAUUUAAAAGAAUGAUAGAUUAUACUGAAGAAAUGUUCAUUCAUGAUUCAAAUAAGCAUUUAAUAGAUUAUCGUUUAUCAAUUAUUCCAAAAUUUAAAGGGUUAAAGAUUUUUAAUAAGGGGUUAUUUGGAAUUACUAGCUUAACUGCAAAAGAAUAUAGAGAGUUAAUGAAAGUGAUGCCAUUUGUAUUAUUUGGAAUAGGGCCAGAAGAACUUGUAGAAAACUUUGUAAACUUUAAUAAAAUGUAUAUACUGAGUAAAUCAGAUUAUUUUACUGAAGAUAAGAUAAAAUUAUUUGAAGUAAGUAUGGGAAGUUUUUUAGGGCCAUCAAAAAAAAAUGUUGAAACAAAAGGAAUUAAACUUUUUAACAAAUAUAUUGAGAUUGAUUAUAAGAAAAUAGAUAAAUUGCUCUUUUCAAAAUAUUGUGAAGAUAGUUAUUAUAAAUUGGGGUUUGAAAAUUUAAAAGAAAACCUAAAAAAUUUCCUGGAUGAAUUACAAAUUAAAAGAAAUCAGAUGGAAAAAAUAAUAUUUUACAAAAGUGCAUAUGUAUCUAAUGAAAUAAUAAGAACAAAUAGUGAUUAUCAUGGAGCUAGUUAUUUUUCUGAUGUUGAAAUAUUUAUUUCAGAUGAACAAGCUGAACAAUACAGUAGUGAAGAUGGAUUGUGGUAUGGUAAAAUAAGAUUUGAAGAAAGCAAUAUUGAAAACUUGCAAUUAGUUAUGAUUCAAUGGUAUGAUUAUGUUGAUAUUACUAUUAAAAAAAAAAUAAAAACAGAGAAUACAAUUACAGAUAAAAGACACAAAUUAGGAUGUCCUUAUAUGAAAUUGGUAAGUUCAUAUGAUAUAAUACCAUUAGAAUCAGUUAUAAGAAAUUUACAUGUAGUUCCUGAUUUUAAUCAUGAUAAUAGAUAUUUUAUUAAUAAUUAUGUUAAAAUCUUUUAA